UCCAGAGUACUCCGUCUUGUGAGGAGCGUUAGAAGGGCUUGGGAAAAAGAGGCCGCGAGAAAGAUGGCGGCGGAGGUAAUAGCAGCCGCAGCAACUGCCGCCCCAAGGUUGAUCUGAGAAGAGAAGACGCGCGCUCGCCCCGCUAAAAGGCUGCUUCUGAUGGUCAGAGCUACCAGCGUGCGCGGAAGGGUGGGGAAGAUCCGCCAGCUGCUGUCCCGGCGGUGGCCAGAAGGGGACAGACCGACGGAAGGGCUGUGAAGGUGGCUUAGGCUGGGGCUGCGUAGCAACAGUAGCGGCUCCCGGAGCAGCGGAGCGGUCUUAAUCAGGUAGAGAGCGAGCUCCGGUGGUCUCGGCGUUUCGGCGAAAGGGCUGAGGGAAGUGCCUCCAUGUCGGACAACCAAAGCUGGCAUUCCUCCGGCUCAGAAGAGGAUCCCGAGACCGAGUCGGGGGCGCCUGUUGAGCUCUGUGGAGUCCUCAGCAAGUGGACCAACUAUAUCCAUGGGUGGCAGGACCGCUGGGUGGUAUUGAAAAACAACACUCUAAGUUACUACAAAUCUGAAGAUGAAACAGAAUAUGGCUGCAGGGGCUCAAUCUGUCUGAGUAAAGCUGUCAUUACACCUCAUGAAUUUGAUGAAUGCAGAUUUGAUAUUAGUGUAAAUGAUAGUGUUUGGUAUCUACGGGCUCAGGAUCCAGAUCAUAGGCAGCAAUGGAUAGAUGCAAUUGAACAGCACAAGACUGAAUCUGGAUAUGGAUCAGAGUCAAGUUUGCGACGUCAUGGCUCUAUGGUAUCCCUUGUAUCUGGAGCAAGUGGGUACUCUGCAACAUCAACCUCUUCGUUCAAGAAAGGUCACAGUUUGCGUGAGAAGCUUGCUGAAAUGGAAACCUUCAGAGAUAUAUUGUGCAGACAGGUUGAUACAUUACAGAAGUAUUUUGAUGCCUGUGCUGAUGCUGUCUCCAAAGAUGAACUUCAGAGAGAUAAAGUGGUAGAAGAUGAUGAAGAUGAUUUUCCUACAACACGUUCAGAUGGGGAGUUUUUGCAUAAUACUAAUGGAAGUAAAGAAAAAUUGUUUCCACAUGUAACGCCCAAGGGAAUAAAUGGUAUAGAUUUUAAAGGUGAAGCUAUAACUUUCAAAGCAACAACAGCUGGAAUUCUUGCUACACUUUCCCAUUGUAUUGAAUUAAUGGUAAAACGUGAGGAGAGCUGGCAGAAAAGAUUGGAUAAGGAAGUUGAAAAAAGGAGGCGAAUAGAAGAAGCAUACAAAAAUGCAAUGACAGAGCUUAAAAAAAAGUCUCAUUUUGGAGGGCCAGACUAUGAGGAAGGACCCAACAGUCUGAUUAAUGAAGAAGAAUUCUUUGAUGCUGUUGAAGCUGCUCUAGAUCGGCAAGACAAAAUAGAAGAACAGUCUCAAAGUGAAAAAGUCAGAUUACACUGGCCAACUUCCUUGACACCUGGGGAUGCCUUUUCUGGUGUGGGGAGUCAUAGAUUUGUCCAAAAGCCCUAUAGUCGCUCUUCCUCCAUGUCUUCCAUUGAUCUAGUCAGUACCUCUGAUGAUCACAGAUUCAGCUCCCAGGUGGAAGUGAUGGUGCGGAACCACAUGACAUACUCUUUACAGGAUGUGGGGGGUGAUGCUAAUUGGCAACUAGUAGUAGAAGAAGGUGAAAUGAAGGUGUACAGGAGGGAGGUAGAAGAAAAUGGCAUUGUUCUAGAUCCAUUGAAAGCCACACAUGCAGUCAAAGGGGUUACAGGGCAUGAGGUCUGCCACUACUUCUGGAAUGUUGAUGUUCGCAAUGAUUGGGAAACAACCAUUGAAAAUUUCCGUGUUGUAGAAACUCUAGCUGAUAAUGCAAUCAUCAUCUACCAAACACAUAAGCGAGUAUGGCCUGCUUCCCAACGUGAUGUGCUGUAUUUAUCUGCUAUUAGAAAAAUACCAGCUUUAAAUGAAAACGACACUGAAACAUGGAUUGUCUGCAACUUCUCUGUGGAACAUGAUACUGUUCCUACGAACAAUCGAUGUGUUCGUGCCAAAAUAAAUAUUGCUAUGAUUUGCCAGACAUUGGUAAGCCCUCCAGAAGGAAACAAGAAAAUAAGCAGAGACAACAUCCUAUGCAAGAUUACAUAUGUAGCAAAUGUGAACCCUGGGGGCUGGGCACCAGCUUCUGUACUACGGGCAGUAGCGAAACGAGAAUAUCCCAAAUUCUUGAAACGAUUCACAUCAUAUGUACAAGAAAAAACAGCCGGGAAGCCUAUUUUGUUCUAGUAUUAUCAGUGAUGGUGGACACAAGCGAAAGGCUUCAUCCAUUCUUCUCCUUUCCCCCUCCACCUACUGAUUGGAACAAGGCUGUGUGAACAUUCCACAUUGGAGAAAUGAACCAAAAUGAAGGCUCCAAGCUGGAACGUAGGAUCUACAGUCUUAUGGGCCAAGUCCUGCAUUCUGUACACAACUGAAGAACACUGCAAUGCCAUGAACUUGAAUUUUCACUGUCUUCUGCUAGUUCACUUUGCUGAAUUGAUGUGUAAUUAUAAAAAUACAUGUGUUGGUACAUGUAUAUGGCUCUGUUUGCUUGCUCUAGAGGAGAAUACUACAACUUUGGGUCACCAACUUGGUUCAUUGCUUUAACCUUUGAAUAAUUUGAGAUUUUGUUUACUGUGAGACUUCAUAAGAUACUUGCACAGUUCUUGUUUUUGUGUAUGUCUAAAAAGCACAAGAGACAAAUACACAUCUAGCAUACCAUAUGUGCUUUAUGUACACAAAAACAUGUUAUAACUUUUUUUUCCCAUCAUGUCUUCAGUAAAUUAUGUGUCCUUUCAGAGGGAAUUUGUGUAUGCUUUGUAUAAUCAUAGUUCAUUGCUGCUGAGUUUCUAUGAGAAAUCAUCUUAUGUAAAACUUCUCUUAAAACAUGAGGGCUGUCAGGAUCUUUAUGACUUGCCUUUUCUAUAGUCUUGCUCCUAUGAAGGCCUUCUGGGUUCUGAUGGAGUAGGCAUGAAAAGCUUUAUUUUUUUCAGAUAUCUUUAUAUUUCUAUUUUUAUUUUUAGUUGUGUAAUAUGUGCUACAGAAAUUUAGUUCCAGAACAUGAUCCCAAAAAGAUACUAUCUUUUAGUAAUAUCUAAAGUUAUUACUAGAUACUAUACAAGAAGACCUGACUGCCAGAAAACAGCUACUUCUGUGUGUUGCCCAGAUUGUGUGAAUAUGGGCUGCUUUCUAGCAAUCGGAACUUACACUGUGUAAUAUUUAUUGAAUUAAAUUGGAUUGCUGAAGAUAACAUUCCCAGUCUUGGAAAAAAAUUACACUGUCUAGUCCUACAUUUUGUUUCCUGUGGAAUAAAGCUAUGCUAUGAGAUUCAUAUAUAAAAACUUGUCAUACAUGUAAUAUUUGCCCCAUGAUCUGCAUUGUCAGAUAUAAAAAUACAUAAAAUCUAAAGAGAGUUCCCCUUAGUUGCUGUGAGAACUUAACUGUCAAGAAUCUGACUGUCUUUAAUAUCAAGAAAUCCAAUAUAUGAAGGGCGAACUGUAUGAAAAGACGGUGGUCCUUUUGAGGAAAUGCCUUGGAUGUACUUUUAAAUUGAGAUUAGCCAGAUGACCUUUUUAGCUGUUAGAGAUCAGCUUGUGUAUAUAUAUAAAGAGAGACAAGAUUUGGAUAUAUUUUUGAAAACUAAGCAGAAAGUCUUUAUUUCAUAUAAAGUAGCUGAUGCCCGAAAACAAAGAUAAUACUUUUUAAUGAAGAUUCAGCUAAUGAAAAUCUUCAAGGUUGGAAGCAAAUUAGUUUGGGUAUAAGCUGAUGUGUCUUUGGUACACUAAAGGAGACACGCACUAAGGUUGUUUUAUGUACAUGCACACAGGUUUCAUGCUUUUUAGUAUCCUUUAUUUGCCUUUCUCUAAAUAAUGUGCAUGGAAGAUGCCUUAUUACAGAAUAAUUCUGAUCAUGAUUCGAAAUGUAGAAAAGUGCCUAUAGGGUAAUGCUGGCAAGGCAAAGAAUAAGAUGAUAAAUUUGAUCUGUUUACUAUCUCACCAGUAAGCAUUUUAUACACCAUUUCUUAUACCUCAGAUAUGUUUAAUAUUUUUGCAAUCAACUGGAAAAAGUGUUCGUUCACCAUAGCCACUGAUGGGAACUUCAGUAUCAAAAUAACGCUUAGACCCUGAAAACAAAUUUAACAAUAUGCCAUUCCUGGUAAUGAUCAUGGCACGCAUGCAAAUAACUAUAAAUUAAUUGGAUAGCUUUAUUUUAGAAAGAGAUGGAAAGUUUACAAAGCAGUUUAUAAAACUUAAUGUCAUUAGUUGCAUUUGCACUAAAUGUGAUGUAUUUUGCAAAUCUGUAAAUAAAAAUUACACUAAAAGAUACUACUUGUAAACUAAAUUUUACUUUUAGACAAGUGGUGUCACUUCAUUACAGCUAGCCCUGCCCAAUCUGUCUUGAGACUUCUUAGGGUAUCUAAGAUAACUGUGGUCAGUGCUUGCCUAGCAGUUCCUAAUGUGUUUUCUCCUGGAAUAGACAUAUUUAAUUCUCAACUGAUUAUUGGCUCUUUUCAUCUAGUGCAUCCAUCUAUCAGACACUUCAGCAGUGGUGUCUUUUGCUAUAAUAAUUGAUGAGCCAAUUAUAUUCCCUACUUGUUUAGUAUUUUAUGAACUAAACUAUACAGUUAAACCCCAUGGAUGUCGGUGACUUUAUCUCCUUAGCUUGUUGUUCCAUUGAAAGUCUGAAUGGCCAUCAGAAACAACAUUAACUUUUAAAUCUAUCAAAUGCUGGACUUUCCUCUUUAACUGGGAACGGACAACAUAUUGAGACCUAUCUGGGGUUUUUUUUAACUUUUUUUAAAAAAUACUUUUGCAGUCUGACUAAACGUGAUAAAAUCCUUGAAGGGGAUGAGUGGUAUAAUGCUCUGUCAUCUUGAAAGAAAUUUAUCUUACCUUAUUGGGCUGAGCUGACUUGUAAGAAGUUGUACUGAUUCUCCUUAAUCAAAUGGUUAAGUCAAAUUUUCACCAAUCUUUUUGUCAACUGUUGUAUAAAUGAAGCUGUAUUUGAGUUACCAUGUUCAGCUACAUACUCAAAACAUGAAUCAGUUUCUAGAAUAUCCCAAGUGUGUAGAAUGUGACUGUUCUAUGAUAGCUUUAUGAUCCUGUUAACAUUAAAAAUAAAUGACUAAAUGGAGUUGCCUCUUCCAUAUUACAAUCACAGAUUUGAAAACCAGUAUUUAAAAGUGCAAAGUAUUAAAAUAUAUUGCAAACACA